UCGUAUCAACCUGAGAAUCUAGUAUGGCGUUCAUUGCAGAAGCAGCUGCUUGCGUUAUUUGAAAAUACGACUCCCUUUGUGACUGGUGCGAUCGACUUCGAAAGGUGGUGAAAACCAUCCGCUUGAAUCUAAAUCGCUGGAUUUCUCGAGCAAUCUCGCGUCGAGAUCUCAAGAAUAUUUAAUUAAAUCAUCAUCAUUAUUAUCAUGACGGAUCGGACGGAGCUGAGGAUGAACGUGGCCGCGUUAAAACGAGUCGAUCCUUACGUCAAGGAUAUCCUUGAGACCGCGACUCACGUCGCUCUGUAUACCUUCAACGGGGACGAGAACGAGUGGGAAAAGACCGACAUCGAGGGAGCCCUAUUUCUCUAUUCCAGAAACGGCGAGCCGUACAACAGUAUUCUCAUAAUGAACAGAUUGAACACGAACAAUCUAGUGGAACCAGUCGCCCCGGGUUUAGAUUUGCAACUACAAGAACCAUUUCUGCUGUAUAGAAAUUCCAGAUGUAACAUCUAUGGCAUUUGGUUCUAUGAAAAGGAAGAGUGUGUUCGCAUCGCAAACAAAUUGAAUCAACUUUUGAAAGAGUGCGAGGAGAGUCGCAAGAUCAACAGCAAGCCGCAGAAUAAAAUUAAGAAACUGGUUUCAGGACCGAAUGUAAACAAUGUGGAUAUAUUCAGUAUGCUCAGCAAGGCACAAGAAGAUUUCAACACGAGCAGAGUCAGCGGGGGAGGUGGAGGGGAAGGUGGCGAUAGUGGGAACGCGAUUGGAUCGAAGUCUCCACUGGUUAUACCCACAACUGACAAUAUUUCUAGCUCGUUAUCCGCUCCCUUAGGACCUGAUGUCACUUCACAAAGUGUAAUGGACUUUUUUGCUAAAGCUAAGGUGAACACUGGGCAUUUCAAACCAGGCAACCAACCUACUGCGGGAGAGAGUCCAGUCGAGUCGACUAAACCUCUUCUCGCACGUUUAAUGUCUCAUCCGGCGGCGCACACUUUGGAACACAUUGAAAAACAUAUUGAGAAGCAGAGAUCCAUAACACCGCAGCCCACCGUUAAUCAGUCGCAGUCGAUGUCGAUUCCUUCGGUGAACAGAUCUAAAAGGCGAAACAAACCGACUGGCCAACAGGACUCGGUAGUGUCCACGUCAGCGCCGAUCUCGCAGGAUCUGCCGCUACCUGUGACUCAGAGCGUCAGUGAUUCGAACGGAACGACUGGAUUCCUCAGGAUACAAUCUCCAACCAACACAUCGUCUAUUUUAAGAAAUCAUCAAGUUUCAAGCAUUUCCAAUACCAGCAACAAUACGCUUGCGUCAUUAUUUGCUCACGCCGGAAGUACAUCAUCGGACGACAUUAUCUCGGCAGCACCUACGUUGUCGGGAAGAGGAUCGGCGCCGGCGUUAAUACCUCCCGUCAUGUUUGCCGCUCCCAGUCCACCCGAGCCUUUGAGCAGACCAUUGGAACCGUUGACGAGGAAUCAGCUUUUACAAGCUUUCAACUAUCUGCUAAAGAGUGAUCCGGAUUUUAUUAACAAACUUCAUGAGGCCUACGUUAAAUCAUUCGGAGAGAUACUUUCCUAAAAAUCAUUACAUUAUUAAUGUAAUAUUACUCCGGAAAAACCCAUUACGUGGGUUAUGACUGAUAAAACAAUUAAACUAAAUCUGAUAUUUCUAUGUUACAUGUGCAUGUACAUAUAUAGACAAGACGCGUAAUUUCACGCUCGAAAUUCAAUUGACUUGAGAAUAUGAGAGAAUCGCUUUUAUUUUUUUAAUUUUUUUUUUUUUUAAGGAAGGGAAACAUUUAUUUUCUGCCGAGAAUCAGAAAAUACAAGAAUAUAAAGCGAUACAGUAUAAUAUCUUGAACAGUAUUUUUGUAAAAUAAUGCACUUUCUUGGGACAACAAAAAAAAACAGUGACCCGCAAUACAAAAUAUAAGAGAUAUAAUGAAUGAGAAUUUUGUGAAAUUGAAUAGAUAUGUACAAGAAAAAUAAUGAACGGUUUUUAAACUGUGAUGCCAAAAAAUGUUUAUAUUAUACGCGUCUUUUAUGAAAAUUAAAAUCGCACGACAUCAUGUUCUGAGUUGAUCAAAUGGAAUAGAACUUAUUUUAUAGAGUAAUGACGUAUCCUUCCUUAUAUACCGAAUACCGAUGUGGUAUGUAUAUGUUAUCAAUGAAAAGGAACAAAUAAAUAGAGACAAAACAUAACACAUUGAGAAGACGCUUAAAAAAUA